AUGUCGUCGGGUGCGCCUGUGACGUUUCAGGCUGUUGCGGUGCGUGAAGGGGCUAGGCUGGCUGCUUUGCAGAGGUGGAGGGGGAGAAAAAAAGCACAGUCAUGUCCAGGUGCGGUUGCCGGUACAAGUCAGCCGGUUUCUCGGUUGUCGCCUAUUGUGGGCUCGCAUAAGCGUGCCAGGGAAGUUGCUUUGCGAAGGUUGGGUAAUAAGAGAGCAAGGUCGUCGUGUUCGGGUCAUAAUUCCGCUUGCGCGUCCAGUGGUGUCCGCGUGUCUCAGAAUCGCGCUUCAAAUGCAGAUGAUCGGACUGUGCCAGGGUCGCAGGCGAUGCGCAGAGAGGCUGGUGCUGUUCAGCGUGGGGCGACGGUAAGAAGUGGCUCCGUUGUGAGGCCGCCCGCAGGUGCGAACGAUGGCCGUCAUUUGUUGGAUAAUGUGCCCGCUGCUGCGUACACGUUGCGUGUUCAGCGCGAUUGUCGGUAUUGCGGUGCCAGGAAGAUUGUGUACGAGACCAUUAAAUGUUGUUGUUCUGAAGGUGCGAUCAGGUUGGCCUCUGCUCCACUGCGUGCUAUUUUAAAGGACUUGUUGCUUUCGAACACUUCUGAGGCUAAAUUUUUUAGGACUUGCAUCAGGACAAUAAAUAAUCAAUUUGCAUUCACAUCUUUGGGGGUCAUGUAUGAUAAGGAGUUGAGCCAACGAAAUAAUGGUGUGUAUACUUUUAGAAUACAAGGUCAGAUGUACCACUUUCUAAACGAUUUAGAGUCAUCUAAUAAUUUACAACUCUAUUUCCACGAUACUGAGAAUGAAGUAUCUAAUCGUAUCAUUGCCUGUCCACGACUUACUGAAAAUAUCACUGUUAAGGUUUUGAAAGUUCUUGAGGGAAAUCCGUACGCUAGAUUUUUUAGGGGGUUAAGUACGGUGCAGAAUUUAAGUGAUUGUCGUAUAAUUUUGCGCUCUGUCCCUGGUUUGGAUCAAAGGACAUAUAAUCAGCCCACUGAAUCUGAGGUGGCUGCUUUGUGGGUGGAUGGCAGUGGCAGUGAAGAGCCCUGUAAGCGCGAUAUUCGUGUUAGUUGUGCUGGUGGUGCCUCUCAUAGGAUACAAUAUUAUUUUGGUUGCUAUGACCCAUUGCAGUAUCCGUUGAUGUUCCCUUUUGGUCAGGUUGGUUGGCAUCAGGGAAUAGAGAAGAAAAAUUGGACUGGUGCUCAAUCAAGUGGUGGACACUGCAGGGCGGUGAGUUUUGUUUCGCCGUGGGCGGCGGUGGAUGCAGAAGACAUAAAACAUAGGGAGGAGGAUGAAAAGAAAAAAGGUGCUUUCUUUGUGGAUGGACCGGGUGGCACCGGGAAAUCUUUUCUUUAUAGAGCUUUGCUUGCGACUGUGCAGUCUAGAGGUUGUAUAGCGCUUGCCACUGCAACAUCUGGAAUUGUUGCAUCCAUGUUACCUAGAUGUAGGACAGCACAUUCUAGGUUUAAAAUUCCAAUAGAUUUAUCGGAUAUGAAAUUUUGCACUAUUAGCAAACAAAGUUGUUUGGGGUCGCUCAUACGUGAGAGCAAGUUGAUUGUGUGGGAUGAGGCGCCAAUGGCUAAAAAGGAUGCCAUUGAGGCGCUGAAUCUUGCGCUGAAGGACCUCUGUGGUUGUGAUGAACUCUUUGGUGGUAAGGUCGUAGUUUUUGGUGGUGAUUUCAGACAGGUGCUGCCUGUGUUGCGUAGGGCCACUAGAGAUGAAACAGUAGGUGCUUGUCUGAGUAGCUCAUACAUAUGGCCGUUGCUUACCAAACUGCACCUUGUGGAAAACAUGCGGGCGCGUUUAGAUCCUUCAUUCACGGAGAUGCUUUUGAGAAUAGGAAAUGGACAGGAAUGUACGUACGAUGAGGACCUUGUUAAGAUACCGCCUUCAAUAGCUAUUUCAGAACCUCUUGCUGACGACUCCUUGGAUGAACUAAUUAGAAUAAUUUAUCCAGAUCUGGCGCACCUAACAGAAACAGAACUUUCAGUGAAUAGGGCAAUUCUGACAACCAAAAAUAGCUUUGUAGAUGAGGUGAACGCAAAGCUCAUAAAUGAGUUCCCAGGUGAUUUGGUGGAGUACUUGAGUUUUGAAAAGGUUGAGAAUCCAGCCCAUGAAGCAGAGUAUGGAGACUUGAUAAAUUCGCUGACGCCGAGCGGCAUCCCAAAACACCGGCUGAUGCUGAAAAAAAUGCACCGGUUAUACUACUGCAGAAUUUGGACCCUACGGAAGGCCUUUGCAAUGGAACAAGACUGGUGUGCCAAAAACUGGAUAAGAAUGUCAUCCACGCUGAGAUUUCGGUUGGAGACUUUGCGGGCAAGAGUGUUUUCAUCCACCGAAUACCGUUUGAACCUUUACCAGAAGAACAAUAUCUCGUUCCCUACAAGCGCAUCCAGUUUCCAAUCCGCCUGUGUUUUGCAAUGA